AUGAUAAAUGAUAAUAACAAUAAUAAUAAUAAGGUGAGUAAACUAAUCCUCAAAAUCCCGUUCAAAGACAUUUGGAACGGGCAGAUCGACUGCAUAAUCGAAGAACUCUACUUACUGAUAGUCCCAUCAAGCCAAGUAAAAUAUGACCCGGAGAAAGAAGCGAAGUACUCAUUGGACGCGAAGCACGCGGAGCUUGCUCGCAUCGAGAAAAACAAGCAGCUGCUGGAGCAGUCUAAGCAGGCGGAAAAAAUCGACGACUCUAUGCUCGAAAAACUCCUCGCGCGGAUGAUCAAGAACAUCCACGUGGAAAUCAAGAGCAUCCACGUGCGCUACGAGGACCACGUGACCUUCAAGCCACACGAGUUUGCAAUCGGCUUGACACUAAACCGGUUAGCACUCGAGUCCUGCAACACCUCCUGGAUGACCACGGAGAACAUGAAGGACAUGUACUUGAUCCCGCAGAUCUUCAAGCUACUGACCCUGGACGGGUUCUCCAUCUACUUAAACCCGAGUCUGAUGCAGUUCAGCAAGCAAGCCUCCAGCACCUACUUGAAGCUGUUCCACGACUCGAUAGCGACCACAGAGAACAUUCCUCCGGACUAUCAGUACCUUUUAGGACCAAUCAACGUCAAAGCCAAGCUUAAGCUCAACCCCAAGCCGGAGACCGACGGGAGCAACUACCAGAUCCCUAAAGUCUGGCUGGAUCUCGAGAUGGAGAAGCUGAGAAUUGGCUUGACCAAGCGGCAAUACGCCACCUUGCUGCAGCUCGGAGAAGGUCUCGACAGAGCGAAGAAAGCAGCGCCGUUCCGCAAGUUCCGUCCCGAUGUUCCAAGUUACCGCGGGCACUACAAAGAAUGGUGGCAGUUCGCGUAUAAAUGCGUCCUUGAGGAACACGUCGUAAGAUGUCGCCGGAACUGGAACUGGGCGCACAUGAAGGAACACCGCGACCUCUGUCGGGAGUACGCGGAAGUUUAUCAAACUAAACUAACCUCUAAAAAGCCUGUUCCGGCGAUAGAAGAACGGCUGACGCACUGCGAGCGACAUCUGGAUCUUUUUAACCUAGUUGUGAUUCGGCAGCAAAUAGAACUAGAAGUAGAGCGACUCGCUGAGAAGCAGAAGAGCAUCAAGGCUGAGCGAGGAUGGUUCGGGUUCCUCUGGGGUUCCUCUCAGCAGAAAGAAGAGGAGGAACUCAAUUCAGCUGCUGCGAUUAUGAAAAAGUUCCAAGAUGCUAUGACCCCGGCGGAAAAGGAAAAGUUGUACAGAGCUAUUGAUUAUCAGGAAAAUUCUGCACCAGCUCAUUAUCCGGAGCACUAUGAAAUGGUGGACAUGAUGUUCUAUCUUCAUGGAUUGCAGAUUAUUGUUUCUGAUACGGAUAAAGAGGAGCCUAGUGUUCUGGAUGUGGCGCUAAAUGGCGUACGCAGCGCGUUUAAACUUAGGCCGGCUGCUAAUUCGGUUUUUGUUACUGUUUCGCUGAAGGAGAUGCGGAUGCUUGGGGUUAAGCAGGCGGAUGAAGUACCCAAGUUGGUUCUCAGUGAACAUGAACACUCGGAUGUGCUUUUUAGUGUUAGUUAUGAAAAGAACCCGCUGGAUAAAUCUUGUGGGGACAGGGUUAUUGUUAAUUCUAAGGCUGUUCAUUUUGUGUAUGAUGCGCAGACCAUUAUUGAAUUGGUUAAAUUAUUCAAGAUCCAGCAGGCAGCUGCAGAAAGAUUAGAAGGCUUGAAAGAAAUGUCAGCCUUAGGACUGGAAUACGCGAUCCAAAAGCACUCUCAACUGGACAUCCAAGUAGAUUUAGAAGCUUCCCAAUUAAUUGUCCCACAGAACGGAUUCUACCGCGAAAAGGAGUCAAUGAUCGUGAUAAACCUCGGGAGCCUGAAAAUACACACCCUGGCGAAGCCAAAAGACGAGAUGUCCUCGCAGACAGUGCGACAGCUGGUCAGCAUGGGCAAGAGCGAGGAAGACAUCAUGUCGCACUUGCGUGAGCACUCUUACGACCGGUUCGCGCUUAAAAUUGUCAACUUCCAAGCGCUGGUGGUGACAAAAAACGAGGACUGGAGAGUUGGACUGUCAAUGUCCUCCAGCCCGAUGGUGAUCCUGCAGCCUACUACCCUGGAGAUUCAGUUCCACAAGUGCCUCGUGACCGACGACCCGGUUCUGCCCAAAAUGAGGAUCAUCGGAGAGUUGCCUUCUUUGGCGCUCUGCAUUCCUGGAACUCGGCUCCUGGAGGCCGUUUCUAUUGUCCAGAGUAUUCCCUUCCCCGAAGAUGAGUCUGAGCUUCAGCCUAUGCCUCUUGCUAAAUCCAUGUCACAGCUGUCGAUCAAUUACGUCAAGGAGCUCGCCAAACCGGUUGUUGAACUUACUGAGGACGUAGUCGUGCAAACUACUGAUCUAGAAGCGAAGUUUGUGAUGCAAGAGUUCACUUUGACGAUCUUUAAAACUGAGGAAGUCCAGCCGUUUAUAAAAGUUGAGGAUAUCAAGCUGAGAUUGGGAGGAAUCCAGGUGACACAGUACCACAAGGACGAGAAGAUAUUUAUGAUAAACACGCCGAUGACUUCUGGACACCAAGUGUAUCUGAUAGUCCUGAACUUCAUGGCCGUGAACAAACGCUCGCCGGAAUUCACGACCCGCCACGGCUCGGUGGUUAAUCUUCUUAGGCUUGAGUUUACUACCCUAGAUGUUCUUCUGCACCAGGAGUCGCUCAUCAGCGUCCUGAAGUAUAUCAACGAAGUCCAGGACAAAGUCACUCCAUGCAGUUCGUUAGAAUCUAGAGUUGCGACCACCAGAGAUAAGUUUUCUCAACUUUCCACGAUCCAGGAAGACACCUCGAUGUUUUUCAAAGAUCAGCAGAAAAAAGCCAAAAGCAGGAGUAAGAAAGUCGUUGUAGAGUGCAUCGAUUUGAAGAUAAAAGCCAAAUUUGGAACCAUUAGUCUGAAGAUUGCCAAUGAUAAGCAGGAAAUUAGUGCGUUCUUGAUUCAAGGAAUCACUGCGGGGUAUAUUAUGAAGGUGUCUUACUCUCAAGCAAACGUAAACCUAACCUCAAUAAUAAUCCAGGACUUAAACCCGAAGUCAAUUUACAACAACAUAGUCUCCGUAGAAAGUGGGGAAUCUUUACAAGUCCAAGCAGUGAUUUACAACGUGGAAGCUCAUGAAAACAAGAACAACAUGUCUAUAAAAAUAAACAUGGGUUGCCAUCGUGUAGUAUUCCUCAACGACUUUGUCUCCCGAGUGAUGAACUUCCUGAACAACUUCCAGGCGGCGCAGGAGGCAAUCGCCGAAGCUUCAGCGGCAGCCGCAGAGGUCGCUAAGACCAACAUAAAAGACGCUCAAGCUUCCGCAACACGAGUCGAACUUUCAAUAAAAUUAAAAGCGCCUGUAAUUUACGUUCCUAUGAAUUCUAAAUCCGAGCACUGUCUGAUGUUAGACAUGGGAGAGCUAACAAUUUACAACAGCCUUAAAACUCUCAACGUUGAAGAAGAAGAGGCUCCAGUAGUCGACGAAAUGAAGAUAGAGCUCGCUAAUUUGAAGCUAUCACGCGUUAGACUGACGGAAAAUUUCCAGAUGGAGAACGAAAUAUUAUUGUUGCAGCCAGUGAGCUUCGGACUGUUGAUAAAGAGGAACUUGUCUUCUUGGUACACUUCAAUCCCAGAUAUCGACAUGUACGGGCGACUUAAACAGAUUGAAGUGCUGCUUAGCAAGCAAGACUACGCCAUGAUCCUCAAAGUCCUAGAAGAGAACCUCAACGAGUCUGAUGAGUCUCCAGGUCAGAAAGAAACUGCUCGAGAGCGAAAAGACAUCCAAAGAACCAACGCCCGAGAAGUGGACGUUCAUAUCACCGAACGGCAAACUUCCGAGGGUCAAAAAUCAGCCAGAGCUUCGGUUAAGUUCGAGUUCAUCAUGGACAGCUUCGUGAUAAACCUCUUUACCGGCGGAUCCAAGCUGCUGCAGAGCAAAACUUCCCCUUUGCACUUGCCGGAAAAUGGUCUUGCCCAAUUUGGGCUGACGCACUUUGCAGUCAAGGGGACUAUUUUUGCUGAUGGGUUACUAGCGACCUCCAUAUUGCUGAUGAACUGCACUCUGGACGACAAAAGACAGAACCGACAGGGUCAGCUGACUAGAAUCAUGGAACGGACUAACCCUCUGACGGACGCUGAGGAAAACUCUAAGCGCAGCAUGUUGGACGUAACAAUCCGCCAGAGUGUCAAUGAUAUCUUUGUUGAUGUUAAGGUCUUCUCUUUUAGUAUUAUUGUGUCGCUGGAUUACCUACUGAAGAUAAAGGACUUCUUUACCAUCCAAGCAGUGCAAACUCAACCGCAGGUAACCGUCCAGAAGUACACGGAGGUAAAGAAGAAAGCCGCUGCUAGUAACCAAUCAAUGAUCACCUUAAACCUCCAUAUUGAAAAACCCGACAUAAUCCUAAUGGAAGACAUGGACAAUAUCGACUGCAACUGUAUCGUAAUGAACACCGAGUUGGUAAUCAAAGUCCGGCUGAUAGGUGACCAUCAGGUGAUAAACGGCUCAGUUACCGACCUCUCGGUCCUCACAGGGAUUUACAAUCCCACCAAGCGCGCUGAUUCUGCCUACCAAGUCCUGAAGCCCUUCAGCGUGAGCAUCGCAGGUUCCACUCCCGAUAACAAAGGUCUGCAUAUCGACAUCUGCUGUACCGACAUCCACGUGUCGGUAUCUCCGGGAGUGAUAGAGAUUCUGAGCCGCGUGAUGCGAGGACUGACCUCUAGCGACGAACAAGCGGACCAAUUUAUAAGACCGGAUCCAUCUCACCAAGGAUUGUGGCUCAUUACGCCCUAUGACGAAUCCGAGUACUGGUUCCUGAAGACAGAGGUCGCCACUGAGGCGUUCGAGGAACUGAAUUUCGUGGAAGACAGUGUGGUGGCCUACAAACCGGAGUUGGCAAUUGUUUCAGCGCCUAAUAUUCUUCUAACACUGGAAGCGGGGGUCGGUAACAAGACUCUGCCGAUGCUGAUGCUAAAUUUAGGCUUCCAGAGCAGUGUUAAUGACUGGAGCACCAGAACUAUGAGCAUAGAGGCGACCAUUUCGGUGAUAAUGGCGUAUUACAACAGCAGGCUCGCCCUUUGGGAGCCGCUGAUAGAACCCGUGGAGGUUCUGAGGCAGAACGGCGAGCGGAAUUCAAGUUCCUGGGAACUCAGGAGCAAGAUUCAGUUCCAUGAUCUGGCACCGGACUCCAGAGGCGCUAGUGCUGUUUCUCCGAGCUGCGAAAGCGAGCCUGAGGAUUUGCACCAGUCAAAAAUGUCAAUUGACGUUGAUUCUUCGGAGAAUUUAGAGAUUACCGUCACCAAAACUUGUUUUGAGGUUAUGGAACAGCUCAGCAAGGCCUUUACUAGCGCCAUGGACGCCAAGGAAUCGGUUCCUCGGCUUGCUCCUUAUGUUCUGAAGAACGAAACCGGUCUCAAGCUGACUUUAGACCUCCAAGCGAGUAAUUUUGUUAUUUUAGACAAGAAUUUACAGCCUGAGGGCAAAGAAGAUGAUAAGUACAAAGAAGUAGUUCUUGAAACUGCCGCUACGAUACAAUUGGCGCCACUGGUUGAUAAAAGAGACUCUGUUAUGCUUGAGCAGAUGAGAACUUCCGUUCAGAUGAACAAUGAUUAUAAUUUAAUGAUCAAUUUUGAUGGGAUUGAUAAUCAGCUGGUAAUUCCGGUUCUCAGGGCGGAUAAAAGGUUCUUCUCGUUGAAGUACAGAAAGGAAAGCUCGGAAGAGUGGGGGAUUAUUUCGGAUGUUGUUGUGGAAAAUGGCAGCACUGUUGUAGCCUUAAGGAGUGUCUUGCAAGUUCAUAAUCAUUUUACGGAGACUGUUUCGGUUUAUUAUAUGACCAAAAGGGGAAAUGAGGUGGAGUGUGUCGGAAAUGUUAAACCGGAGGAGAAACUUAGCUUGCCGCUGGAUGCUGUUUAUACGCCGACUAAUAUUUACUGGCUGUUCUUUAGUGUUGAGGGGUAUAUGGUCUCUGUUGAGCCUUUUGUGUGGAAGGAUUUACAGAAGACACUUAGUAUGACGAAGUUACUUAAGUGCGAGCCGAGGAAUAAACAGUCCAAAGAACCGUUUUAUAUGCAGGUCGUUGGUGAAAUAGAACAAGUGUACUUUGAAAAUACAACACGUCAUACAAUGUCAAGUACUAUUUAUAAUAUACAUUUGUAUCCGUCAGUUUAUUUAAAAAAUUUCCUGCCAAUUGAUAUUGUUAUAAUAUUACCUGGUAUGGUGGAAGAAAAAGUUGUUAAAGCUAGUACAACGAUACAACUACCGACUGUUGACUCUAAUAAUUCAAAUAUUAUUAUCAAGGUAUUCAAGAGGACAAGUAUUGAUAGCGGAGAAAAGAGAGAAUGGUCGAGCUACAAAAGUAGUACAACAGUGUUUGCAUAUGCCGUCUCCUUGGCACUUGAAUCUUUUAGAUAUGUAAACGCGUUCAGCCGGGAUAAAGUGCUUACAGAUAAAUGUACCAGUUUAAUUAACGGUGGUAAAACCAAGCCAACACCAGUUGAAGAAGAGAUCUUCUACGUCUCCUUCCUGGACGGGUUCCAACGAGUGCUUUUAUUCACCAACAAUCUCAAGAUUGCUGAAGAUUGCCAGCUUGUGGGCGAUUUGGAGGUCAUCGACCAGGAAGUUACCUUAAACAUCCACGGAGUGGGACUCUCUUUAGUCAACAAUCUAACCCGAGCUGAGCUGCUGUACCUAAGAAUCGCCAGCUCUGGGAUAAUUUGGGAGACCAGGAAGACAAUCGGCAGCCGCUGGAAGCCUCUGACCUCCACUGAAGUCCUAGUAAUUGAAGAAGGCUACCAGAAGUACCUUCGAGAGGUCCAACUUGGUACCGAGCCGCCCUACAGGGUGAUGCUGGAGCCCAAAUUGAUGGUAGACUUCCAGAACAUGGAGAUGCUCAGGCCUCAUAGGAGGUACAUGCGAAGGACCUUCCAGACUGGGCUCUGGAUCCAGUACCGUAGCUCCGCUCAUCAAGUCCAGCUUCAUGCUAAGAUAAACAGGCUCCAGAUAGACAAUCAGCUUGCUGAGUGUGUCUUCCCGGUGAUCUUAGCUCCUGUUCCUCCGCCAAAAAGUGUCGCGAAUUCGGUGAUCAAACCUUUUGCGGAGCUGAGUUUGGUCAAGCGGCUUCUGGAGCACAGCACUGUCCAGCAGUUCAGGUACUUCAAGUUCCUGAUCCAGGAGUUCCAUGUCAAGGUUAACGAUGCUGAAGAAACAAGAUUAUUCGCAGUAGACAUGAAGCUGGUUGACGAACCACUAAUGUACCACGUCGCAAUGAUAACCACAGCCGAGCAAAAGAACUUCUUUGACCUGCUCCACUUCUCUCCCUUAAAAAUCCACGUUAGCUUCUCCAUGACCGGCGGAGGAGGAGGUCCCAGUGCUGUUCCCCAGUUCCUGAACGUCCUGCUCCAAGGAAUCGGAGUCACUUUGACGGACAUCAACGACAUAGUCUUCAAGUUCGGGUACUUUGAGCGAGACUACGUCUUCAUGACCAACAACCAGCUAAUCAAUGAAGCGACUAGUCAUUACACCGGCCAGGGAAUCAAGCAGCUUUACGUCCUGGUCCUGGGGCUGGAUGUCAUCGGGAAUCCUUAUGGCCUGGUCGUAGGAGCGAUGAAAGGAGUCGAAGACUUGUUCUAUGAACCCUUCCAAGGAGCGAUCCAAGGACCCGGUGAAUUCGCAGAAGGUCUUCUUUUGGGAGUCAGAAGCAUGCUUGGUCACACUGUUGGAGGCAUGGCUGGUGCAGUGUCCAAAAUCACCGGAGCUAUGGGCAAAGGUCUCGCUGCGCUGACCUUCGAUAAAGACUACCAAAGGAAGCGCCAGGAGGGGCUUAACAAGCAGCCUGCUAACUUGCAGGAAGGAUUGGCUAGAAGCGGCAAGGGUCUGGUCAUGGGAUUCGUUGAUGGAGUCACUGGAGUGGUGAUGAAGCCCAUUUCCGGGGCGAAGGAAGAAGGCGUCGAAGGGUUCUUCAAGGGCUUCGGGAAAGGAGUGGUUGGAUUGGUAACCAGACCCACUGCAGGAGCGAUUGACUUUGCAAGUGGAUCCUUUGGAGCUGUAAGGAGAGCCACGGAACUUUCUGAGGAAGUUAAGCGAGUUAGGCCUCCGAGGUUCCUCAGGCCUGAUUGUCUAGUCAGGCCUUUUAUUCAUGCCGAGGCUGAAGGCAACAAAAUUCUGUUCGACUUGGAGAAAGGUAAGUACGCAAAUACUGACGUUUACUUCCAUCAUACCUUCGUCGGGAAAGAUGUACUCUUGAUGACCGAUAAGAGGAUCGCGUAUAUUGAGCACAGCGACCUCUUUGGAGGCUGGAAGGUCCAGUGGGGAUACACCUGGCAGGAAAUCACUGAGCCUAGGAUUAUUGAAAAGGGGGUUCAGAUUUCGGUUAAGGAGGCAAGGAAGAAAAAACUUGGAGGGUUGUUUGGAUCCGAUGCUGCGGGGAAGAUUAUUCUUAUUAGUGAUCUUGCGGUUAAACAUCAGGUUUUUAAUAUUAUCAGGGAUAAAAUUGAAAAAAUUGAGUCGUAA